UUAAAAGAAUAUCAAUGCCAACUAUUAUUGCCUUGGAUGCAUCGCUAUCGAUGCUGCGUCCUGUGCCAGGUCGCAAUGACCACACAUAUCAAUCUCUAGCUCUUAAAGGCAUACAACAUCUAUUGGACAAUUUGACAGUCGCUGGCAAACUGGAACAUUUGGCUUUAGUAACAUAUUCAACAGUUUGUGAGCUAAAGGUGGACUUCACACGCGACUAUGAUCAGAUACGUCAAGCAAUUAAGAAGGUCGAACCUCUGGACAAGGCCUGCUUGAUAACCAUGCUGAAAACUUGCGUCAGUCUAAUGGCCAGCUGGGGCACCCAAAAUGUACUGCAGCUGGUGGUGUUCACAGACUGCGGACCUGGCUUUGGAAGCACCUCAAUUAGCGGCUUUUUGGAAAGUUUUAUUGGCAAGGAAGCGGAGCCCGAAUAUGUUUGGCUAAAGACAAUGUCUCCGUACCACUUGAACUUCAUCUGUCUGGGCGUGCACAGCGAUUUAUAUUUUACGCGUGGCCUGACGCUACUUCAGCAACUGCUGGAUGCAACGGCACUCAAAGGUCUGCUUUAUAUGAUAAAGCCGAUUAAAAAUAUGGAGGCUUCUGAGGGAACUUCAAGCAGCAGUCAUAAAAAUGAGCAAGGUUUUGGGCGUACAGCUGUUUUUGAGCUGGUUGAACGAAUGUGCGAGAGUAACUAUAAAUCAACAGAAGUAACACUUAAGUGCGGACACUAUGCUCGCUUGGAAAGCCAGGUGUUGAUCUGGCCACCACCGCUGCCUUAUGAGCAGCCUGCGCCCUUUAGCGGUGAUUCAACCAUACGUCACAUUGAUCAGCGCAUUGAUGUGUGCGGCUUUUUGUCUCUCUCGGACAUUGGCUCGCCAGCUACAGUGAGUCGACAUUGGGUCUUAGCGAAAGUAGAGCGGGAGAAACCUACUCGUCGCUCUGGCAGCUUGACUCCAACAUCAAAGCCCAGCAAGUUAACGCUAGACAGUAGCAGUCCUCACUAUGAGCUGGACAAGCUGGAGCAAGAUAUACGUGAAUUCUAUAUGAAGGACUCCAAGGAUACAGAAGAGAGCGGCGACGAUGCUGACCCUGGUGUAGCGCUCAAACAUAGUUCAGGCCAGCAGUCUGAGCAACAAAAGGAUACACUCUGCAUGCUGCUGCACGGUGCGCUAAAGCUAGAGAACAUGGCCGCGCUGGUGACGCUGGGUGAGAAGUGGUACGGCUUCAUUUACGCGUAUACAGAUGUAAAAAAGAAAUCAAAUUUAAUGCUGCACAUACUACCGCCGGGCGUCAAUGUCGUACCUUGGCUAGGAGACUUAGAUAUGCUCGGUUUUCCUGAAGAUCUAGCACCCGGCGAGACAUCCAGCUUCCCUGUACGUUCUGAGCGUCGCUCCUACUCCCAAAGCAGCGUUGUUUGGAUACGCAAAGCCAGCCUGCAGUCCGAUGUGCAGAAGGUACUGAGACAUGCCAAGAAAAUGCCCGACAAGACCCAGCAUUUCUACAAAGAACUCAAUCGUAUACGCCGCGCUGCCUUGGCUCUGGGAUUCGUUGAGCUAUUGGAGGCACUAGCUAUGCUACUAGAGAAAGAAUGUGCGCAGAUGUCCAUGAAUGGUUUGAACAAUGAAUGUACGAUACAAUUGCAACACGCUGCCACUGAACUACGCAAAACUUCCAAUCGUGACAUUAAAUCUACUAUUGUCCCGCUGCAAAAGCCAGGCCAUCCUGAUGCUGUGCCCAGUUCCGCUUAUAUAUACUAAUAAGCAAAUCAUUUUAAAUAUAUAUAUAUAUAUAUUCUA